GGACUACUUGUAGUCAAAAUGUUGGCUUUGCUUGUACUCGUUGCUAGUCCAAACAAACAUGGCGGCGUAAACGCAGAUGUUCGCUAGACGUUUGCAUCAGCUGUACAUGUAACUGCUACGAUGGAGUAAUCACCCCUGGCCAAAAAAGUAGUCUUUCAAUAUGGGUAAGAAAGGGAAGAAGGGGAAGAAAGGGAAGAAGGGGAAGAAAGGAGGGAAGAAGAGCAAGGAACCUCAGAUGACAGCAAAGGAAGCUAUCCUGGGAUAUCAGAUCAACAUUGUGGAGAAGAAAUUAGAGGAUGUGUCCUUUGAGAUCCGUGGCUGGGAGGAGAAGAACAGACGCCACCUUGAGAGGAAUGAGAAACUAAAGUCGGAGCAGCUACUGCUAGUGGAACACCUUCUCAAGCAGGCCAAGGAUGCAGAGCGGUUCUUUGAGUCGGAGGAGAUCAAAAACAGAGAAGAUGUAGUCCUGGCCAUGAAGAACAUGUGGCUGCUUCGGCGGCAGCGAGAGAAGGAACUCGAAGAGAAGAAGAGUGCAAUAGCCAUGGAACAAACUAAGAUAGAGGGUGUGUCAAAGGAGGUCCAGUGCUGGUCGUGGUACCGGGACAAGGGCAAGGCCGAGCACGAGAAACAGAUCCGCAUCCUGGAGCAAGAACUGCAAGACAUGCAGAACAGCUUUGACGAGAUGGCAGCUCAUCUGACCAAGUCUCUGGAGAAGUCCCGAGCUGAGGUAGAUAAAUACACAGAGGAGACUCUGGCCAAACAGAAGGAUCUGGCUUCAGAGAAAGCCAUAGCCCACAUGGACAAAUACAGUCGACAGGAAGUGCUGGACAACGACUGGCUCAAGCGUGAGGUGAUGAUCCACCAGCGUGAGUCGGAGGAGUUGCACAGUGUCGUGGAGGACCUGGAGAAGUACAACCUCCAUGUCAUGAGUCAACUGUUUGAGUGUACCGUAGAUGAUCUGAAAAUAUCCAGGAACUUCUAUCUGACCCAGUUUGCUGACAGUGAGAACCUGGAGGAAACUGGGAUCCUGGAAAUGGAUCUUGCCAGUCUCACCUUCCCGGAAGAAGAGGACAAGAUAGACAAGAAACCUUGUCCAAGUGAGAGAAGUGAGAGAGUGCGACCCAUGAGCGCCACCCAGAGGGCUGUGGAGCAGAAGGUGUUCACCCUGGCCACAUCUGCUGUAGAUGAGGUGGAUACAGAUGAUGAGGAAGGUUCAACAGAUGGAGCCUCCACACACACAAGUCAGGGCAGUGAGCUUUUUGAGAACCUCUUCUAUGAAGAGGAAGAUUUUACUGACUAUCUGCAGCUCGGCCCGCUGGAGCUGAAGCUGUUGAACAUCACUGGCACCCAGAUGCCCAUCCACAAGCCGUACCAGCCCACAGACGAGGAGCUGCAGGCACUCAAGUGUAAUCCCGAGGAAUGGCCCGUCACACAGCCCAUGCUCAAGAGUGCCAUCACUCACACAGCAUAGCCCUAGCUGUGGGGCAUGCUGGGUGGGGCACGGGAGAGGAUCAUGGGUGGGUUAUUGUAUGAUGUCCUAGGGUAAGGGACAGGGUAAUGUGUGUGCAGUAAUGAGAUCAGCUUGGUGAUAUUUCAUCUCAUGUCACAUGGCUUCUGUUUAUGGUCUUACAGCUCAUGUUUUCUAAAGCCCUCACAAUGGGAUAACAGUGCCACAUGUUUUGUAAGGUAUGAAUGUAAACUGUAACAUUCUUCAAGACUUUUUUGCCAUAAUCUCUGUCAGGCUAUUUUUUUGUUUCAUCCAAAAGUGGAGCAAUUUUUAGUUUUGCUAGAACACACUGUCAAAAGCAUCUCAGCCAAAUACCCAAAUAUUGUUCAGCUACUAUCAUAGAAAUAUAAUACUCACCUUAAAACUACUGUGAAUUAUGAAUAUGAAUUUGAUUCACCAAACAAUCUGAGGAGGUAGUACUCAGAUAUCAUGGGAAGUGUGUGGACUGACACUGAAAAUCAAACUUGACCAAUUAUCGGUAAUAAUGUGUUGCCAGUUAUUAUCUUUAUGUACCUAUAUAUAUGUUUACACUGAGAUAUUUAUGUACUUUUCUUCCCUUCCAUGUGUAUACUUUUUUUGCGUUGCUCAAACCUAAAUGACACACUAAUUACACACUUGCCAGUAACUUGUAUUUCAUUCUUGUGUAAAUUAUUCUUAUACUAGGAUAAUGAUAUGUCUUCCCAAAUUGUUGUUGUUAAGAAUUUUAUUAUACCCGCCAGUUUUCAUCUUCUGAUGGAUUGAUCAGUGUGAUACACCCAACUAGUAUGUGUCUGUUUUAUUCAGUUGUUUCCAUGAAACUCUAAAUUUAGUGAAAAGAAAUUUUGAAAUGCAACUGUGAUCAACUAGUGGUAUAGUGUCUGCACAGUUAGUAUGUAAGUCACAUGUAGUCCAUAUAAUGAUUAUAAUUACAUUUCCGUUAUCAAUGUAUAAGAUACAUUUGACUUUUGAAUGUAUGCUCUCCAAAAUGAAAAUAUUCUGUUUAGGUGAUGAAAAAAAUAUGACAAAAUAAAUUCUUACUCUGACAUUAAACCAUUUACUGAGUAAAAUUGUCUCAUAACUAGAAUACAUUAAAUGUUUGACAUUUGAAACAGUAACAAAUGUUUUUAUAUUUCAAUGGUGUAAGAGGCUCAGAUUUGUAGACUAGACAAUCUAAGAACUUAAACAUGUUAAAGACUGACUGCAGAUCUACAUGUGUACUGUUCCUGGCAGUUACAUUAUGAUUCAUCUGAACCUGAUGAUUCUGUACUGUUUACUAUUAUGUUGUAUUAUUGCUAUCAUUAUGCAAAGUCAGAAUUACUUCUAUAUCAGUACGUGUGUCUGUUAAUUAAAAGUCAUUGGUGUGGAGGAGAGAUGGUAUUUUAUGGAUUGUUGAAUAAAUGUGAAUAAAUGUGUUAGAUAGAU